UGUCAAACACCACUGCAUUGCCCACUACACCCUACGUGCCUCUCAUAAUCUCUCUCUCUCUCUCUCUCUCUCCGAUCUUCGGACAUUAUUAACUCAAUUUAGUUCACUACUUUCUUCUUCUUCUUCUUCUUCCCCUCUUUCUCUCUUUCCAAAUCUGACCUUGAAGAUUGCAAAAAUGACAGAGAGAGAGAGAGUGUAUCCCUCUUCUAAGCCCAACGGUACCACCCCCUCCGCCUCUACUGCCGGCGGCAGCGGCGGGCGAGCAACGAAUCCACCUUCCUUCCCGGCGCCCAAAUCCCAGCUCUAUAACCCCAACCGCCACCCCUUCCGCCCGCAGGCCAGCCCCCCCCGCAGGCGCCGCCGCAGCCGCCUAUGCCUCUGCUGCUUCUGGUCAACCCUCCUCCUCAUCUUCGCCCUCCUCCUCGCCGCCAUCGCCGGCUGCGUCUUCUACCUCCUCUACUCCCCCCGCCGACCCUCAUUCUCCGCCACCACCCUCAGACUAUCCCGCUUCAACCUCUCCACCUCCGCCGACGAUGACACCUCCCACCUCGCUGCUGCCCUCAACAUCUCCUUCUCCGCCAAGAACCCCAACAAGAAGAUAAUGUUCCUCUACGGCCCCAUCUCCAUCGUCGCCUUUUCGAACGAAGUCCUGAUUGGAAACGGGUCUUUCCCGGGUUUCGCGAGCUACCCGAAGAACACCACUUUGAUCCGUUCCACGGUGUCGACGAGCUCGGAAGUGGCGGACGCCGAGUCAGUGAAGUUGCUCCGAUCGGAUCUGACGAAGAAGAAGGGGUUUCCUAUCAAAGUAGUGAUGGAAACGAAGGUGGUGGCGAAGCUGGAGAAAUUGAAGAGCAAGAAGUUGGGGAUCAGAGUGACCUGUAAUGGCUUUCAUGGCACUAUCCCGAAGGGUAAGUCUCCAUCCACUGUUUCAGCUUCCAAUGCUAAAUGCAAGGCUGAUCUCCGGAUCAAGAUCUGGAAAUGGACUUUCUGAUGAAAGAAUUAAUUAAACUUUUUUUCUUUUAUUUUUCUUGUUUAUUAAUUUAUAUGAUUUGAUUUGUAAACUUUUUUCGGGAAAUUAAUGGGAUUGUCACUAGCUAGUAUUAAGGAGAAAAAGAUGGAUUACGAUCAUUUUUAUUUUUGAAUUUUUUGUGGUGUGGUGUAAGUGAAUUUGGAUGUCUCUUUUGCCAAUUAGUGCAAUGCAAUAUGAUACCAAGAAGGAUUUAUCAUUCGGGUUCAGACACGAGUCCG